GAUCGAAAUAGUUGCUGAAGUAUUAUUAGAACUGAAAAUUAAAUAGGUUACAGCCUUGAAGGCUACGCGCGACCGAUGUAACAUCUGAAAAUUGUGUUUAAAUGAAAAUGUGGUGUUCUGUGAGUAGUGCUGUCAAAAACAUCGAAAUCAGGGAUCUUUUGGAAGAAAAUCGUAGGUAUUAUUGCUUCGUGUGGAACAUUAAGUGAAAAGUGCAACGAAGAUUACAUCAAAAAGGAACGAGGUCAAUCAAAAAUAUUUGCUGAAUUAUCAAAAAUAAUUCAGAAACUUAUAUUUGCAUAGAAAAAGCAGUGUCAAGUAAUAUUUUAAGCUUUUUACUAAAAUAAAACAUGCAAAUGACUCUAAUCCACCAUGCUAAUGACAUAUCCCUUAACCCUGUUUGGCACAGAGGAACAAAUAUGUUGCUUUUAUCACAUAUCCAACUAGUUCCUGCAGUAGAUACAACAACAUACAACUGUCCAAUAUGCAGUCACAUAUCUAUAUCCAUGGAAAACUUCAAGCAACAUUUACAGACUGUACAUCCCCGGAAUCAAUAUAUUUGUAAAAUAUGCCAUAGAAAGUAUAAAACCGCCAAGAGCUUGAGGCGGCAUGAGAAGACGCACCAAAAUAAUGUUGAACCGGUCAAAGAGCAGAAAGAACCAGACAUACCGUGCCCACAAUGCCCGAAGAAGCUUAGCACACAGACUGCCUUACACUGGCAUGUUGAGCGUAAUCAUACCGAUAAUGAAAAAACUAAUACUUGUCAGGUUUGCGGAAAAGAGCUGGCGGACCAUGCCCUGUUGAAAAGACAUUUAGAAACAGUGCAUUCUUUAGAAUCCGCUACCUGUUCAAUAUGUUGUAAAACUUUUAAAAGUGUCACUAACAUGCAAAGACAUAUGGCUGUAACACAUCCGCCCGAAGAAGCCGAACAAACUUGUGAAAUUUGCAAUAAGACAUUCAAAUGUUCAACACACUUGCGAAUCCAUAUACGAGCUGUACACUCAACGCAAACUCUAUUUAACUGUGAUAUAUGUAAUAAAGAGUUUGCUUUGAAAUCAUACUUGUUAAAACACAAAAAAACACAUAUUGAUGUCAAGGAGGUCCAGUGUGAAAUAUGUUAUCAAGUGUAUAAAACUGUUGAUGAUGCGAAAAGACAUGCAAAACGUGUGCAUAUGAAACCAGAGGACUCGAAAAAAAUGAAGACUCACAAGUGUGACAUCUGCGACAAAGAGUUCACUCGCACUAAAUAUCUGUUUUUCCAUAAAAAAACACAUGUUGAUAAAACACUUUCAUGUAAAUUCUGUCACAAAUUGUUCAAAUGCAAUAGCCAUGUCAACAGGCAUACUAAACGAGUACACACAAAAUCAGUGAAACCAAAUACAGAUGCAAGUUUUUACUGUGACAUAUGUAACAAAGCAUUCAGUAAGAAGAAAAAUUUAGUGAAACAUAUUCAAAUUCAUAUGAUUUUGAAAAAAGAGGUUCCUUGUGGAAUUUGCAACAAAUUAUUUAAAACUAACAGCGACGUUAAUAGGCACCUAAGACGAGUCCAUAUGAAAAACAUGAACAUAAAGGAUAUGAUUAUGAAAAAUAAAAAAAUGAAGAAUUUAAAUAAAAAUACACCAGCAAAAGUUAAUAAGAAAAAAAAACCAACUACAGAACAUAUAGAUGAUGCUCUUAAAAAUAUGGAUUAUACAGAAGUUAUAAGUACUAAUCACACUGUCAAAGCUCUCAAUGUAGCAGAGUACACAGAUGAAAUCCCUAAAAGCGAAGACUACACAUUGGCAACACUUGAACAUACAGAAUACUCAGAAACACUUCAAAGCACAGAAUAUACAGAAGGCCUUGCAACUAUAGAGCGCACAGGCGAAUUUAAAAGCUCGGAUAUAGAAGAAGAAUUUGCUAGUACAGAGAACACAAGGGGAGCCUUAAUAGGUACUCAGUUAAAUGAUGAAGUGAUUAUAAAAGAAGACUUUAUUGAGGAUGACUUUGAAAGUACUGAUUAUGCUAACAAAGCUCUUCAAAGUGCUAUUUCUAAAUUGACAGAAGACACGGAUGAAAACACAGAGCUUGGAGAGCCAAUUAAAAGUGUUAAACUACUUAAAGAACCGACUACAAAUACAGAGAUAAUCAUUGAGAAAACAGACUUAAUAGAAGCUCUCGAAAAUACAGAAUGUGAAAACGAAGCCAAAUGUGACACAUACAUAAAAGAUAAGUCACACAGAAAUACAGAUAUUAUAAAGGCAGCUAUCGAAAGUUCCGAUUUUACAAUGGAAGACCUUGGAAUGACAGUAAUUAUUAAAGAAGCUCUUUUAAGUGACGAUUCAAAUAGUCCCCUUGGAAGCACAGAUUUACGAGCAGAUAUAGGUUUAAAAGUAGUAGCAAAAGGGUCACCUGAAGAUACCGAGUUGAGUGAAAAAAUUGGGAACACAGAUAUUAUAAAGGCAGCUAUUGAGAUUUCAGAUUUUAGUAUGGAAGACCUUGAAAUUGCAAACAAAAACAAAGUCUUUACAAGUACAGGGAUAAAUAAAGACCUACUUGAAAGUUUAGAGUCUACAGAAGACUUGGAAAAUGCAGAUUUCAUAGACGCACUCGAAAGUGUAAAAUGCUCCGAGAGAACACUUGGAAAUACUGAUAUUAUAAAAGACGCUAUCGAAAGUACCAAUUUUACAAUGGAAGAUCUAGGACUAACGGAAUAUACAGAGGAUGCCUUAGGCACAGAAUACACGAUAGAAGAUUUUGGAAUAACAGAAUGUACUGAACUGGAAAGUACAGAAUUUGAGGAAGAAACGCUUACAAGUACAGAUUUCAUAGAGAAAGCUCUUAGCAGCACCGUUUAUGCAAAGGAAGGUGGUGGUACAGAUUUGCUAAAGAAAACUAUUAAAAAUACUGAUUUGAUAGAAACCCUCACAGGCGCAGAGUACGCAAAAGAAGUCCCGACAGAGUUAGAAGAUGUCCUUGGAAAUGAAUUCGCAGACCAAACUCUCGAAAACACAUUUUUCAUUGAUGUCCUUGGCACUGAUUUUGCUAAGAAACUACCUACGAAAUUCACAGGAAAAGUUCUCGAUGGUGCAGAUUUUAGAGAGGCCCUUACAAGGACAGAUUUUAUACAGGCCCUGAGUUCAGUCGCAGAUAAGGAUUUCAUAGAACAAGCUCGUGAAAGUAUCGAGUAUGCAAAAGAAAAUGAUGAUUUAGAGUUGACAAAUAAAGCUUUAGCAAAUACGGAUAUUAUAAAAGAAGCAAUCAAUAACUCAGCUUGUAAGAUAGAAGAUCUGGGCUCUACAGAUUAUGCCAUGAAUGAAAUCAAAGAAUACACGGAAGCUGAUCUCAAGAGUAUUGAAAUUAAACUUUUAAAAUGUCUUAAAUGUGGCAUUGAUUUUGAGAAUGAUGUAGAUUUACAUACUCAUUUGUGUGGUGGGGAGAUGACUUUGUUUCUAGAUUUCCAAGAAAUGUAGACAUCUUGCAUCUGUUGUACUUAUAUAAAAACUUGUAGUAUGUGCAGAUAAUAAAUUCUGUAUUUGGUUGUGGUUAUAAUAAUAUUCGAAAUAUAUAUUUUCAUUCGACAAUGACUAGAAGCGCCAGUUGCACCAACCAACCUCUCUUGACGGACUGAUCAACGGCAAUCGGCAGUGAACUAUGAAACUUCCCAAACAAUAACAUUUAGCGAACGUUUUAAUGAUGACAGGCGGUUUGGUGCAACUGACGCUAAAAGAUGUGCUGUCUGAGUAAUUAUAAUUACUAAUACCAAUACCUACGCUUAUUUAAGAGGCCGGUGUACAUUUUGGAGCAAAAAUGUAAAAUUGAU